ACUCUUGCAAGGAUAAACGUUCCAACACCACAGAGAAAUGGCUUCUCCAGUACUGAAACUUUUGAGCACAGAGAUGGAAACCUUAGCUCUAUUCACGUUCUCAGUACUGCUCCUUUCAGCAGUACUGUGGGUUUAUGCGAAGUUUAAAACCAAGAAAGCCCCGCCAUUGCCACCGGGGCCGCUCGGCUUCCCCGUGGUGGGAUACUUGCCUUUUCUCCGCCCCAAUUUACACCACCACUUCACAGACCUCGCCCAAAAGUACGGCCCCAUCUUCAAGCUCCAACUUGGGAGGCGCCUUGUUGUGGUAGUCAACUCACCCUCCAUUGCCAAAGAGGUGGUACGCGAUCACGACGCUGUUUUCGCUAACCGCGACCCGCCGAUAGCAGGAAUUAUCGGCACGUAUGGCGGCCGUGAUAUUCUCUGGUCCCCAAACGGCACCUACUGGCGCGACAUCCGCAAGGUGUUUGUACGGGAGAUGCUGAGCAGCGCCAACCUCCGAGCGUGCUACGAGCACCGGAGAGAAGAGGUUAGAAAGGCCAUUAAAAGUGUGAAAUCGAAGAUAGGUGAGCCUGUCAACAUUGGGGAAUUGGCUUCUUCGACUGUAAUAAAUGUUGUGACGAGAAUGAUCUGGGGAAGUACGUUGGGAUCUGAUGAAGCAAAGAAUGAAGAAAUUGGAGGAGAGUUUAGGGAGUUAAUGGGGGAGUUUGUGGGUAUGCUGGGCGAGCCUAAUAUCUCUGAUUUCUUCCCCUGGCUUGCUAGAUUCGAUUUGCAGGGGAUAAAGGCAAAGAUGGAGGUUAUGAGAAAUGCUGUGGACAAUAUUUUGGAACCCAUCAUUAAGGAAGGUGUAAGGAUAGUUUCUGAGAAAUCUAGGAGUGUGAGCAAGGCAAAGGGUGACGAAAAGAAGGAUUUUCUGCAGAUCCUUUUAGAGCUGAAGGAGCGUGAUGACGCUGGGAGAUCAUUGGAUGUCCAAGCAAUCAAGGCAUUGUUGCUGGAUAUUGUGAUAGGGGGGACAGACACCACAGCCACAAUGGUGGAGUGGGUUAUGACAAUAUUACUUGAUACUCCAGAGAUAAUGAAAAAGGUCCAGAAGGAAUUAGAGGAGAUUGUAGGAAUAAACAAUAUUGUUGAAGAGGUCCAUCUACCAAAACUCAGCUAUUUGGAUGCAGUUGUGAAGGAGACAUUCCGUUUAUUCCCAGCAUUACCAUUUCUAGUCCCCAGGUGCCCAACUCAAACUACACAAGUUGGCCGAUACACAAUUCCUAAGGGCACUAGAGUCUUUCUGAAUAUGUAUGCAAUACAUAGAGACCCUCAACUUUGGGACAAUCCUAUGGAGUUUAGGCCUGAAAGGUUCCUUAACCAAACUUCUAGUGUAGAUUAUACAGGCAAUGAUCAUAGGUUUUUGCCAUUUGGAUCUGGAAGGAGAAUUUGUGCCGGCAUUUCCUUGGCAGAGAAAAUGCUUAUUUAUAUUUUGAGUUCAUUGUUGCAUUCCUUUGACUGGCAUCUUCCUAAAGGUGAAAAUCUUGACCUAUCUGAUAAAUUUGGAAUAGUCACUAAGAAAAAUGUUUCCUUGAUUAUUGUGCCAGCAAUGAGGUUAUCUAAAUCCGAGCUUUAUCAAUAAUCUUAUAGAAAUAUGCCUUUUAUGUAAAUAGCAUAAUGGGGUGCCAAGUGCCAUCAUCUAUGUUUGUAUGUGAUGGAUACCCCUAGUAGGGUACCCAGUCAGGUGUGCCCCUAGGCGGUCAGGAGAUCGCGACCUGAUUACUUAAAGAAUUGGGAGGGCCUCGGUAGCCUAUCUCCGGCCCGCCACUUGUUUAGCUCGCCAGUCGGGCCAAUUGAGCAACCAGACUAGGUAUUUGGAGGGGUCUCGACUAGGUGCCGCGCUCAAGGAUGGUGGAAGAAAAUUUGUCGGAGAUUCUUUCUAACUUUGGCGCGAGAAUUUCCUUUUUUAAUAUUAGGAAGCUUAUCUAGUUGAUGGGAAACUUUCGUAAGUUCAAUUUUGUUAAUUUCUUCUUCCUUUCCUUUUUUCAAGGCACAUAAUCUUGUAUAAAUACCCUACGGGGUCACAUUGUAAUGGGUUUUGAGGUUAAUGCAAGCACAAUUACUCUGUCAAA